CUGCGUGAGUCGUUUACAACCAUUGACAUAUACGUAGCCGGCCGGCUAACUACUUCCUCCAUCAUUUUUAGCUACGUACGACCAUAGACAGUAUAUAAACGCGUGCGGCUCCUAAACUUGUCCGAAUAAUUUCUUGAUAGGCGAUUCAAAUAGCGACACACUCCCUAAACAAACAAGAUGUCUUCUUAUGAUGAGAAUGAGUCAAAGUUCCUUCGUAAGGCAAAGGAGAAUCCAUUUGUCCCAGUUGGAAUGGCUGGAUUCUUUGCCAUUGUGGGGUACAGACUGCUGAAAAUGAAAAGUCGGGGAGACACAAAAAUGUCAGUUCACCUGAUUCACAUGCGUGUAGCUGCCCAAGGCUUUGUGGUUGGAGCCAUGACUGUUGGGGUCCUGUAUUCAAUGUACAAAGAGUACAUUGUAAAACCCAGAGAGGAACAGAAAGCAGUGCAACACAAAUGAACAUGGACUGACAUUUUAUGUCCCUUAAUAUUACCUCAUAUUAAGGUGUGUAGAAGUUUAGUUUUAGAUGUGUCAUAAUUAUUGUAUGCACACAUCCCUUCAGAAGCUCACAUCUACUGUUAACUUAUUGAUUACACUUCCUAUCCUCUAAGUAGCGUACCAGAGGGUCAAGUUAUCUCUUCUGUACUGAGGAGGUGUAUUGCUCCAGCUGUUUUAACACUGGUUGCACUCUCUGUGUUUGCGUCUGUGAACCCAGCUGCUUUGAUAUCUAUUCGAACAGGUGACUUGACUGGCAGAGUUUUGUUGCCUCUUAUUUAAAAGGUGUAUGAGUGAAAUAUUAAAAACUAAAACAUAUAGCAGAUAGACUAGGCUAAGCCUAGAUUAAAAAAAAUAUCCACCAAUCGCAGGUAGACUUAUAAUUUAUUUCUUCUUUUCAUUGUGUUUUAUUUUAUUGUCUCACACACACACAUACAUAUAUAUAUGUAUAUGUAUAUGUAUAUGUGUGUAUGUAUAUGUGUGUAUAUGCUAUAUUUUUUGAUGUACUAAUGUAGGGAUUUUUGCUAAAUGGAAAAUGUUUGCACCUUAGCCCACUUUUUUCUUCUUCAUUGGCUUCCCAGUGCAUUAGGUGUGUGUUUUGGAAGGCUUUGACAACAUGUGGUUUAAAGACAAGGCCUGUGCUUUCACAUUAUUUAAAAAACAAUGACACAAAUGGUGUGUGACCCACCACAGUAUCAAGCAAUCACAUGGGAAUGAAAGAAAAAAAAAACAGAGAAAAUGUUAUAGAAAUACAGUGUGUGAUUUCUUUCAGUAGGCGUUAUACAAAUGUAUUGUAAAGGCCAAGUCUUUUUUUCAUUUGAAUCAUUGUUACAUAUUGUACGCAGGGCUCCGAUGUUUCAUUACAGAAGCUUCACAAGUCUUCCUGAGACUAAACUAACUGAGGUGCACCUACAGACUGUGCAGUAACCCAUAGCUUGUGAUGUGCUUAAAUGGAUGCCUUUUUAAAUUUUUUGCAAAGUUAAGUUUUAAAUGUUGUGUACAAAUACAGUUCCUUUUUCUAAAGUUUCUUUUUCUGGAAAUAAAAAUGACCAGUCAUGUAA